AUGUCUUCCUCAGCUAUUCAUGUCACUGCUAUUGUCACUCCCGCUAAAGGGAAAGAAUCAAGAGUUAGAGAACUUCUUACAGAUCUAGCUGGCAAAGUAGAGAAACAAGAACCAGAAGUGUCCAAAUAUCAUCUGUUCGAGCAAUACGACAGCGAAAGCGGAACGAAUGUAUUCGUGGUCCAGGAGAUUUAUAAAGACAAGUCAACAUAUGACAAACACUUCAAAACCGAGUACUUCCAAGCUCUCGGCGAGACGGUCCAAAAGGAAGAGCUCCUUUCUGGGCCAUUGAACAUCAUGACUGUCAAACCUAUUGCUGGAUAUAAUUGUCGAUAA